UGCCAUGAUCGAGGUCCAAGACAGGUUGGCUCGGUAGGGUUAAAUACUUUGGCUACUAUUAACACACUGGUAGAAACACCCUGGAAGAAAAGGAAAACACACCAGGAAAGAGCAGUCGGAGGACAUCUUCAGUAAUACGGACAAGCUUUUCUUCGUCUUCUCUUCUGAAAGAUGGAUGUCAUUUCUCGACCAGAACUGUUCGAUUUCCACGGAGUCUGCAUGACUCACUUUUUCACCGACAACUGGGAGAAGAUUCAAAACUUCCAGGCCAGGCCAGAUGAUAUACUUAUUGAUUCCUACCCUAAAGCAGGAUGCACCUGGCUCUCCUACAUCCUUGACCUGCUGUGUCAUGAGCAGACAUCCAUCCCUUUGUUUCAAAGGGUGCCAAACUUGGAGAUCGCCGUCCCUUCUCUGCAGAAAGGAGUAGAGCUAUCUCAAGUCAUGGUCAAAGGAACAGAAGUAGCAGACAACCUCCAAACCUUUCCUCGAAUCAUUCGGACUCAUCUUCCAGUCCAGUUUCUGCCAAAGUCCUUUUGGGAGCAAAACUGCAAGAUCAUCUACGUGGCCCGCAAUGCAAAGGACAGCGUGGUGUCUUAUUUCCAUUACGACCACAUGAGCAAAAUCCAACCAGAGCCUGGAGACUGGAGCACCUACCUCCAGAGAUUCAUGGAGGGAAAGGUGGCGUUUGGAUCCUGGUACAAGCAUGUGAACGGCUGGUGGGAGAAGAAACAGAAUUAUCCAAACCUCCAUUUCAUGUUCUACGAAGGUCUGAUUGAGGACACAGGGCGGGAAAUAGACAAACUCUGCUGCUUUCUUGGUUUGUCUCCAUCAGCUGAGGAAAAGGAAAGAAUUACAGGCAGUGUGCAGUUUGAUGUUAUGAAAAAGAACAACACGGUCAACCUUUCAACGGUUUCAUUGAUGUAUUUCAAAAGGACUUCCUUCAUGAGGAAAGGGAAGGUUGGGGACUGGAGGAACCAUUUCACCGUGGCGCAGGAUGAAACGUUUGAUGCGAACUACAAGCAAAAAAUGAAGAAUCCUACACUGCAGUUUCGUCCUGGGGUUUAGAGGCUGUGCAUGUCCUGAACUGUGAUUCAUCUGAUAAUGUUGACGUCAGAAAUUAAAUAUGAUUGACAAA